AUGAGUGACCAUGACCUUAUUUACAUCAUCAGGAAGCAAAGAUUACCAAAAUCCAAAGUCAAAGUAAUCGAUUCCAGAAGUAUGAAACACUUUAAUCAAGACGCAUUCCUGGCCGAUUUAAUGACAACCCCUUGGAACACGGCUUUUAUCUUUGACGACAUUGAUGAUGUUUGGGGCCAUUGGUCUAAACUAUUUAAUGUCAUAGUAGAGAAACACGCACCUUGUAUAAAAAAGAGAGUUCGGUCUAAUCAGCUUCCCUGGAUCAAUGUAGAGAUAAAGAAAUCUAUGCGCUUGAGAAAUAAACUGUACAAAAAAUAUCGUCGCCAUCCCACUAAAGACGUGUGGGAGCACUACAGGACACAAAGGAACAUAGUCACUAAACUGAAACGAGUCGCAAUUAAACGAUUUUGCGCAGAUUCUGCCUCUGAUGCAAGCACACCCAACAGCUUCUCGAAAAAUCUGAAACCCCUAUUACCCUUCGCAGGGAGGGACGUCUCCCAGGAUGAUAUUCACCUGAUAGAUGAUGGCAAAGUCAUCACAGAACCUUCACACUUUUUAAAUUCUCUUUUUCUACCCCAGUCUUGGACCGGUCCGCCCUAA